UAGCACGUACUUUUAUUCUAAUAAUUUUCUACUUACCCCAAAUUUUAUUUAAAUUGUGUUGAUAAAAUGGAAAUGAACUGUCAUAUUAGUAACAUUAACAAUUAAUCAACAUUAAAGUUGGAUUACACCAAUGUAUCCAAUCAUUUUUACUGAUUAAUCAUAGUCAAUUCUUUCAGUUGCUACCAAUCGCUUAUAACCAAAUGUUAAUUUUAUUACACUUUGGGCAGCGCGGCGUAUUUAAGGAGUGAUUAACCUCGACUGCAAAACAUUACCCAAACUUCCUUUCGCGCUGGCGCAGUAGUAGCCCACUUGUUAUCAACCAUAUCACAAUUGUCGUAGUUAUUGUGCCUGCUGUUUUGAUUUUUUCGACAAAGAAGUAUUGUUGAUUGCCACUUCAUUGUGUUAUCUUCAUAGCUGUAUUAAGAACCAUUUGUGAUCUUACACAACGGGACAACGCGUGAGUUAAUCAUGGGGAGGAUAUUCAGUAGCAAAUGCCAAAGCCAAAAGAGGCUUGAUGGACAGGUGGCCAUCGUCACAGGUUGUAAUACAGGGAUAGGAAAAUACACAGCUUUAGAUCUAGCUAAGAGAGGAGCACAUGUUGUGAUGGCCUGUCGUAGUAUUGAAAGAGCAGAAGCUGCUGCAAAAGAUAUUUGCAGCAUUGUUCCAAAAGCCGAGUUGGAAAUCAUGAAGUUGGAUUUAUCUUCGUUGGAGUCAGUGAGGGAAUUUUGCAAGGAAUUCUCAUCUUCGCACAAAACUCUCCACCUACUCAUCAAUAAUGCUGGAGUGCUUAUGAACUCCCAUUCUGUAACAGUUGAUGGUUUUGAAACUCAUUUUGGUACGAAUCAUCUUGGACAUUUCCUUCUGACCAUGCUGUUACUGCCGAUUUUGAUUCAGUCUGGUCCAUCCAGGAUAAUUAAUGUUUCUUCUCUUGGGCACACAUAUUGUGACUCACUUUUUUUUGAUGAUAUAAACAUGGAGAAAAAUUACGAUCCAUGGACUGCUUACGGAAGAAGUAAAUUAGCUAAUAUUCUAUUUACUCUGGAACUAGCAAAGCGAUUGGAAGGUACAGAAGUAAAGACCGUGAGCUUGCAUCCAGGUGUAGUCUAUACUGAAAUUUCACGGGAUCUAGUCACCUCUAAAGCUUUCUCUUUCAUUUGGUUUGUCGGGCUGUUACAAAAAUUUGGAUCAUGGUUUUUGAAGACACCAGAGCAGGGCGCCCAGACCACAUUGUUCUGUGCUUUAGACGACAGUAUUCAAUCCGGAUUGUAUUAUGAGUGAGUCACUUACUAAUAAUGAAUAAUGAAAUUGAAGUAUAUUUUUGUUGACUAUUAUAACUAUUCAAUUAACUAUUAUUAUUUAUGAUUAAUUUGUUUUCUAUUAAUAUGUGGUUUCUAGCUUAGUAAAAAUCUUAUACCUUAAUAUGAGAAAAAAUCCUGUUAUUGAUAAACUGUGUCCGACUAAAGUAGACGGUAAGAAAGAAAGAAAAGUAAAUUUUAUUUAUUUAUUUUUUUCCUGGAAAAUUGUCAAUUUAAUUUAGUUGUUUGGCAAUAAUAUCUUCAUUACAAUAAAGAAACCUACACAACAAUUCAUCACCCAAUUUUUUGAAAAAAACAAAUCCAACAAACGAAAAAAAUCAGGAUAACAUAGCACAAACAAACAAAAUGGACUUCAACUACUACUACUAAAUGACAUACAUACCUGAACUCACUAACAAAAUUAGAAAUGUGUUCAAAGAUUAUGACUUGACAGAAAUUAAACUCGGACAAUACAAUAACAAGAAACUAAGCAGGCACAUCACCAAGACAAAAGAUAAAAUAGAACCAAUAAACAUGAAAAAUGCAAUAUAUAAAUUAAACUGUCAAAACUGCCCCAAAAUCUACAUUGGUGAAACAUACAAACAAUUAGGAACUAGAAUCUCACAACACAUCACCAACUGUAAAAAUCCAAAAAACAUAAACACAACAGCCUUAGCACAUCACAGUAUAAAACUACAGCAUAAAUUUAACUUUAACAAACCACAGAUAAUAGGCACAGAACCAAAAAACACCAAUAGAAAAUUACUUGAAGCAAUACACAUUACAAAAAACAACAGAACAACAGUCAACUACAAAACAGACACUAAACAUUUAGGAACCCAUUAUACAGACAUAUUGAACAAGAUUAAAAUUUAAUAGAAGUGAAAUCACAGACACAUAAAAUAAACACUAACAACAACAAUCAAAAUAGUCAGAUAAAACAGUUUGAUCCAAAGGUCAAUUUUUCACUAUGGCAGAAACCCAAUUAUUGGUCAAAAGGAGAAUGUUGCUCUAGAUGAUAAAUUUUAGAACAUAAAUUAGAAAAUUGACGAUGGAGCACAUUAUUAUUAUUAUUAAAAUUAAGGUUCCUGAAUGCUCCUUACUUUGUCACUAAUAAAAUAAUCCAUAAAGACCUCAAUGUUCCAUAUGUUUCCGAUUUGGCCAAAUCCAGAUACCUAUCCUUCCAUAAUAAACUUCAUAACCAUCCGAAUCCUCUUGUUUCUAACCUUCCUUCCUCUUCGAUUCCUGAUAACCCUCCGAGGCGUCUGAAAAGAAGAUGGCCUCGUGAUCUUCUCUUGUAGACAAAUUAUUAGAGUGCUACCAGUGGGUAGUUUCUCAACAAGCGUGUUUCAUGUAAUAAUAUUUCUCUGUACAAAUUUACUUGAUGUAUUCAUACUAAUACAGUUGUAAAUAUCAUAAUAAAAGUUAAAAAAAAAAGGUAAUUACAAAUUUAUUGUAACAAACAUAAUUCAAAUAUGUAUUGUAACAAGCACAAUAUUGUAACUUAAAAAAUUUUUAGCCUUGCAUCCACUAAGUAUUGGAAUUGCAGUUCUGAAGAUGGGAAUAAAGGUCCUGAAACAUCAACUAACCUGUUAACAUGUAACGUUGAUAGUAAAAAAUAUACUCAAUUGUUAACAACUGGAAGUUAUUAUUGCCAAACAAAUAAAGUAAAUUUUAUUCUGGGACAUUUAGUCCCCUAAGAAUAAUUAUAAUGAACAGAAAAGCGACAUUUGUCUGGUAUUAGAAGACAAUCAAGAAAUAAUUAAAUAAUAUAAUUUUCUAAUCCUAUAUGGUAAUAUAUACUAUUGAAUGUUACUCCUCAUAACUUACUAUUUACAGAACUAAUUUCAUAAUUUAUUGGGGCUACAGAGUAUAAGAAAAUAGUAUUCAGUAUAUGAGUGAGGAAAAGACCAGUCUUGGAGCUAAUGAUCAAAUCAAAUAGAAAAUAAUUGCUAGUAAUGAAGAGUUUUUUUCUUUCAAACCCAAUGAUUGGUAUAGGGAAGUUAUCCACAUUCUGCUCUGCAGUUCCACAUUCUUGUCUGCAGUUCCACAUUCUAGGUCAUGGUCUUAAGGUCUGAUUGGCUGUAAUUUGGUUCGUAGUAAGAAUUUUUUAAUAAUUUAAUUCAAUUUUUUUUGUAGUGAAAACAUCACUAAUCAUUCUUCUUUACAAGAUUAUGCCAAAAAUAUUACUGUUACUGAAUAUUAUUUUGUAUGAAUUUUUUUUUUUCAUUUCCUUUCUUUUCAUAUUUGUAGUUAUUAUUGUGUUUUUUAUAAUUGUAACAACAUGUUUCAGUGAUUGUGCAGUUGCUAAUCCUAGCGAAACAGCAAAGAACUCUGAACUUGCCAGAGAACUUUGGGAAAAAAGCAAAGAGCUGGUUCAAUUGGGAGAUUUCGAUCCUUUUUCUGAAUUAUCCUUGAAAUAAAGCUUAUUUGCUUUAAAAUACAGAUUGACUGCUUAUUUAUUCAGUAUAAAAUUUAUUGUUUAUAAAAUACAUAAUUUAUCUUUUAUUUAAAUUUAAAAUAGUUAUUUAUUUAUUCACCCAACUCCUAUAGUUAACAGUGAAUUUAAAUAAAUUUUGAACUUCUUUUUUCAGGUUUGCCCAGUGUGGCUGGAAUAUUUAUAUUUUAUUAGUAUUAUACUUUUUUCUAUUGUAUUUUUAUUAACAUGUGUAUUUGAAGAUUGUGCACAUAUUGCACUGUUUAUGACACCCACUUGGGUCAAUCAUAUGUGUUUAAUUUAGCUCAUUGAAAAAACAAAACAUAAAAGCUAUCAUAGUGAAAACACCCUAUCUAUUUGUGAUUUUUGUUUAAUCUUAGAAGUGGCAAUUGCUGAUA